AUGUCGAGCAGCCCGAGCGUACAGUCCUCCACAGCGUCUUUCCGGUCCGAUCACAACCUCGAGGCGCGUGCGGAUCUCGCAAACCACAUGGAAAAGCAAGCCGAGUCGCUCUCCGCAGCGACGACCAAGCAGGAGGAGGAUGGCAAUCACAAGGCGUUUCUUGUCGACUGGCACGGGACGGACGACCCGGAGAAUCCGCUCAACUGGAGCACGGCGCGCAAGCACGGCAUCACGCUGACUCUCUCAUUCGCGGUUGUGGUGGUGACGUUUGCGUCGUCCGUGUACUCGUCGGCGUCGAGCGCUGUGGCCAAGCACUUCGGCGUUUCGGACGAGGUGGGCAAGCUGGGCAUCACGCUCUUUCUGUGCGGCUAUGCGAUCGGCCCGCUGGCGUGGGGCCCGCUCUCGGAGCGCCAGGGACGCAAGCCGCCCAUGCUCAUCUCGUACCUUGGCUUUGUGCUCUUCUCGCUCGCCACCGCCACCGCCAAGGAUCUGCAAACCGUGCUCAUCUGCCGCUUCUUCAGCGGCGUGUUUGGAUGCGGCCCGCUCUCCAUUGCCGGCGGUGCCAUGGCCGACUACAGCUCGCUCGAACAGCGCGGCAUCGCCAUCGCCAUCUACUCGUUCGCCACGUUCGCCGGGCCGACGUUCGGUCCGAUUCUCGGCAGCUUUAUCGUCGAGUCGCACCUCGGCUGGCGAUGGACAGAGUACCUCACCGCCAUCGUGGGGUCUGCCUUCCUGCUCGUGCUGCUCGUCGCCCUGCCAGAGACGUACGCCAAGCGCAUCCUUCAGAAGAGGGCCGAGCACCGCCGCCUCGAGACGCGCCAGUGGGCUUGGCAUGCGCAGCUCGACGAGGAGGCGUUCGAUGCGCGCGUCGUCGUCACAAAGUACCUCACUCGGCCGAUCGUCAUGUUGGUGGUCGAGCCGAUGAUCCUCCUGCUCUCCAUCUACGUCGCCUUCAUCUACGGCAUCCUCUACCUGCUCUUCGGCAGCCUACCAGUGCACUACGUCGAGGUGCGCGGCUGGAGCGAGGGCGUAGGCUCGUUGCCUUUCCUCGCACUGCUCGUCGGAUGCGGUCUCGGUUGCCUUGUCAUGGUCGGCUUCAAUCCACGCUACGUGCGCACGUGCAAGCUCAACAACAGCCAGCCCGUCCCCGAGGAGCGGCUACUGCCCAUGAUCGUCGGCGCCGUCGUAUUCCCCGUGGGCUGCUUGUGGUACGCCUGGACCACGUAUGCCUCGGUGCACUGGAUCGUCCCCACCCUUGCCCUCGUCCCCAUCGGCUGCGGCAUUAUUCUUCUCUUCCUCCAGGCGCUCAACUACCUCAUCGACGCCUACCUCGCCUACGCGAACUCGGCACUCGCCGCCAACUCGCUCCUCCGCUCCCUCUUUGGUGCAGGUUUCCCGCUGUUCGGAUCCCAAAUGAUGGUCAACCUCGGACUGCAGUGGGCCAACACGGUGAUCGGCCUUAUCGGCGUCGCCCUCCUCCCCAUCCCUAUCCUGUUCUACAUCUACGGCAAGCGGCUGCGUCGCUCGAGCAAGUUUGCCACCUGA